AUGAAAACACCAUCAGAUCGUCACGUGCACAAUUGGGGUUGGGGAGAUGCUACAGAUUGUGAGCUAUCAUCUAAGACUGUGUCAUUUUGCGAGUCAUUUGCAACACUUUUACUCACGGAUUCUUGGAGCUUUGCACGCUUUGGAUUAUUAGUCAGUUGUCCCAUCUCAGCUGAAAAACGUUUCUUGGCUAGUUGCGUUACAGAUGCUGCUGAAUUAUUAAGUGAUUCUGACACUUUCUUCUCACGCUUCACAUAG